AUCCCAGAGUUCAGGCAGGGAAGACCAAUGUUUUCAUGCCUGCUGACGACCUGGGUUCGUCAUUUUGCCAUGGCGCCCGUAAUUUCGCUGAUCAGGGAGGAGACAUCAUAAUACCGUGUUUUAAUUCGCUUUAGUAAAAGCUAUUCCGUGCGUUUAGCUACUCCCGGUUUGAGUUGUAAUACAUUUAUAUCUGAACCGGCCAUGACCGUGGAGCAGAAUGUCCUCCAGCAGCAUUCUCAGAAGCACCAGCAGACGCUACUAAACCAGUUGAGGGAGGUCACAGGCACAACGGACGUUCAGCUACUUCAGCAGGCCCUGCAGGUGAGCAGUGGUGACCUGGCUGAGGCUGUGGCCUUUCUGACAGAGAAGAAUGCUAAGGUCCCACUACAGGAUGAGACAACCUACUACCAGACAUCCCAGGUGGCCAGUGACAGAUAUAUCAGCGUGGGCAGCCAGGCAGACACAAAUGUAAUUGACCUGACAGGGGACGAUAAAGAUGACCUGCAGAGGGCUAUCGCACUUAGCCUGGAGGAGUCCAACCGGGCAUUCAGGGAGACGGGCAUCACAGAUGAGGAGCAGGCCAUCAGCAGAGUUCUGGAAGCCAGCAUAGCAGAGAACAAGGCAAGUCUGAAGCGUACCCACACAGAAGUAUGGAGCGAUUCACUCAACCCACAUGACAGGAAGAGAAUAGAUAACUGCCCCGUUGGGCUGAAAAAUGUUGGCAACACCUGUUGGUUCAGUGCGGUCAUACAGUCGCUGUUCAAUCUGCUGGAGUUCCAGAGGCUGGUGCUCAACUACUCUCCACCCGCCAGAGUCCAUGACCUGCCUUGUAACCAGAAGGAGCACAGGAACCUGCCCUUCAUGCAGGAGCUGAGGAACCUCUUCUCCCUCAUGCUGGGGUCCAAGAGAAAAUACGUGGAUCCAUCACGAGCUGUGGAAAUCCUCAAAGAUGCCUUCAAGUCUAGUGAGUUGCAGCAGCAGGAUGUGAGCGAGUUCACCCACAAGCUGCUGGACUGGCUGGAGGAUGCCUUUCAAAUGAAGGCUGAAGAAGACAGGGAGGGUGAGAAGCCAAAGAACCCCAUGGUGGAGCUUUUCUAUGGUCGCUUCCUUGCUGUGGGUGUCCUUGAAGGUAAAAAAUUUGAAAAUACAGAGAUGUUUGGGCAGUACCCUCUGCAGGUGAAUGGCUUCAAGGAUCUCCAUGAGUGUCUUGAGGCAGCAAUGAUCGAGGGUGAGAUCGAGUCCCUGCAUUCAGCAGAAAACACCGCGAGGUCUGGACAAGAGCACUGGUUUACAGAACUCCCUCCUGUAUUGACUUUUGAGCUGUCAAGAUUUGAGUUCAACCAAGCACUAGGACGACCUGAGAAGAUCCACAACAAGCUUGAGUUCCCCUCUAUGCUCUACAUGGACAGGUACAUGGACAGGAACAGGGAAAUAACCAGGAUCAAGAGGGAGGAGAUCAGGAGGCUAAAAGAGCAUCUGACGCUGCUCCAGCAGCGACUAGAGAGGUAUCUGAGUUAUGGCUCAGGCCCCAAGAGGUUUCCUUUGGCAGAUGUCCUCCAGUAUGCCAUGGAGUUUGCCUCCAGUAAGCCAGUGUGCACCUCCCCUGUGGAGGACAUUGACUCAUCAGCACCUCCCGGUGGCACUACGGGACAACAGCAGCCCCCACCAAGCACGGCUGAGCAAGACUCCUUGCCUCCUCUAGAGAACUCAGGCCCUGCUUCAGGUCCUACCACAGCUCCCACUGCAGCUCAGCAGCAGAGACUACCCAUUCAUAAGCCCUUUACCCAGUCACGGCUUCCUCCUGACCUUCCCAUGCACCCUGCCCCACGCCACAUCACUGAGGAAGAGUUGAGGGUGCUUGAGGGUUGCUUGCAUCGUUGGAGAAGUGAAGUAGAAAAUGACACCCGUGAUCUGCAGGGCAGUAUAACCAGAAUCCACAGAACCAUUGAGCUAAUGUACUCAGACAAAUCUAUGAUGCAGGUUCCAUACCGGCUUCAUGCAGUGCUGGUCCACGAAGGCCAGGCAAAUGCAGGCCACUACUGGGCUUACAUCUACGACCCACAUCAGUGUUGCUGGAUGAAGUACAAUGACAUCUCAGUUACUAAGUCAUCAUGGGAGGAGCUGAUCAGGGACUCGUUCGGAGGCUACCGCAAUGCCAGUGCCUACUGUCUCAUGUAUAUCAAUGACAAGAAGCCCUUUCUCAUCGAAGAGGAAUUUGAUAAAGAAACAGGGCAGAUACUCAGUGGUAUGGACAAACUGCCUGCAGACCUAAAGCAAUACGUGAAGGAGGACAAUGAGCUGUUUGACAAGGAGAUUGAGGAGUGGGACAUCCUGCAGGCCCGCAAGGCCCAGCAAGAAAAACUGGCUCUGGCCACAGCAGCUGCUGCUGCCUCAGCUACAUCCAGCACUUCCACUUCUUCUUCUUCCCCUCAGCCCAUGAGUAUUGAAUCCAGCCCUCCAGACAAUACAGUGCCCCAGCAGGAUCCAGAGUACAUGGAGCAGCCCUCACCCACAAAUGACUCCAAGCACCUGCAGGAGGACACGGAGAGGGCCAUCUCCAAGGCUGCUGCUGAACAGGAGGAGAGAAGCCCCGAAGCAUUGUUAAGUGCUUCUGUUCCCCUUUCCACCUCCCCUCAGCCAGAGGUCCAGGUGGACACCCCCUCCACCCUUCCUCCUGACCUGGUCACAGAGGACGAGUCCCCUGGCCAGCGCACAGUAGAGGUGGCCAUUCCUAACGUGUGCACCUUUGUCAUUGAGUCAGAAGAGGGAGGGUAUGAUGAUGAGGCAAUGAUGACCCCCAACAUGCAGGGUAUAAUAAUGGCCAUUGGCAAAUCCAGCAGCGUAUAUGAAAAGAAUGGGCCUGAGGCAGCCUUUUUUAAGGCCAUAAAGCUGGAGUAUGCUCGUCUCCUGAGAUUUGCCCAAGAGGACACACCGCCCGAGAUUGACUACCGACUUCAGCACAUCAUUGUCUACUUUAUCCAAAACCAGGCACCAAAGAAGAUCCUGGAGAGGACUCUGCUCACACAGUUUGCUGACAGGAACCUGGCCUUCGAUGAAAGAUGUAAGAGCAUUAUGAAUGUGGCACGUGCCAAACUGGACCUAAUUAAGCCUGAGGAAGUCAACAUGGAUGAAUACGAGAUGUGGCACCAGGACUACAGGAAUUUCCGUGAGACAACCAUCUUGAUGAUGACUGGCUUGGAACUCUUUCAGAAGGCCAAUUUCAUGGAGGCGCUGAUGUAUCUGAUUUAUGCACAUCAGUACAACAAAGAGCUUUUGUCAAAAGGGCUGUACAGAGGGCAUGAUGAGGAGCUGCUCGGUCAUUACCGUCGAGACUGUUUGCUGAAAUUAAACGAGCAAGCGGCCGCCAUGUUCGAGUCAGGAGAAGAACCAGAGGUGACCACGGGCCUAGGCAUCAUGAACGAGCUGGUGGUGCCCUGCAUCCCUCUGCUGCUGGUCCAUGAUACUGAGAAGGAUCUGCUGGCAGUUGAAGACAUGAGGAACCGCUGGUGCUCCUACCUGGGCCAAGAGAUGGAAUCCAAUCUCCAGGAAAAGCUAACUGACUUCCUUCCAAAGUUACUGGACUGCUCGACGGAGAUCAAAACCUUCCACGAUCCCCCCAAGCUGCCCACCUACUCCACCCUGGAGCUGUGUGAACGAUUCGGUGGCAUCAUGGCCGCACUUGGCAGGGUGCCCACCAAGGGGAGAUGAGCUCAGAGGGGCACCCAUCCCUGUUCACAGGCCUGACAUCGGGCUGAAACCCAUGGACCUCUCUUAACCCAUGCCUUCCUUUUAAAUCCAGGGGUUACUUGUUUCUAGCUGUUAUUCCUCUGUUACUCUUUGCUGCUAUAGGUUUUAUCAUUAUAAACAUUAUUUCAGUUUUAAGCAAAACACAGUGGACGGGGGAGGGAAUAGGGAAACAUGAGAGAAGAAGCUGAUUUGAUGGGGUGGGGGGGGUGGGGUCCUGGCAAUCCUGCAGUGGUUGAAAGCCAAACGCAUUCUGCUUCAGCUUUGCAAAAAAACAAACAAAUUUGAGUUGUUUUUUUUUUUGUAGUUUAAUAUUGUUGUUGUUGUUGCUGUUUGAUUCACGCCUCCCCAGCUACGCUCAUAGCCCUUACUAAAGCACCCUCCUCUGUGUGAAAAGGAUCACCCCGCUGUUCUCCUCCAGUUUGGUACAGUAUUACCACACUUUGUUUUAUUUUUCUAAGGAAGCAAGGAAGAGAGCCUUCAGAGUUCUCAGUGGCUCAGAGUAUCUCAAAUGGAUCUCAAGUCUUUGUGGACUGCGCCAGAAUGAAAUGUUUUAAGUGCUGUGGUAGACAGCCAUGGACCUUCCUGUGGCUUGUUAAUAAAUUGAGAGAAUAAAAUUUUAUUUAUGGCCCUUUUAGGCCAAAUAAAAAACAUUUCUUGCCUGAUGUUGAUUUGUACUCUCCAUGCACAAUACUAACUUGUAGUGAGUGACAGGCAGUUAGCAAGGUAAGUAGAGGCUCAGUGUCUUUACUAACAUCACUGACACAAGGUGUUGUUUGUCUCAGACUUGUACUGUGCAGCUUAUUAGAAUCAGACAGACUCCAGAGCACAGAGCAUGUGACUAAAAUAAUAUAACCCAAAUGCACUUCUAGCUGCUUAGAAAUGGGGUGUCUCUAUUACAUUUUGGACAUUUCCUGCAGUAAUAUUAAUUUCCGGGAACACAGAUCAUUACAAACAUCCCAUCUGAUGCAGGCGACGUGUCCAGAAUCCCACUGUCAGUGGAUGAAAAGCAUCAGUCCCAAAUGUUUUGAAUUGUAAACCAAACCACAGUCAGAACCAUGAAAAGGAAUCAUUGCAGAACAGUGAGUUUGACCUGAUCCAACAACUUGUCCAGUAUAUUACACGUUUGGUUAGGCGCACUCAUCAUCUACUCUGUCCGUGUCCAUCAUUUUGUCAUGACAGGCUGAUUCAGCAUGAGGUGAUGUUUUAUUCACCGGUAUUCCCGUGGCAUGCUCUUAAUAGACAUGAGAAUAAUGUGAAGCUGUAACUUGUUAUUUGUACAAAAGACCUCAGAAAAAUCAGGAGCAUUUCUGACUUUCCUGAUUACAUAAAACCUUGACUGCCAUCUAAAAGCUGUCACAGGCUAUUACGAUUAAAAGAUGGCAUUGUUUAACCUUUCGGCAGAAAUACAAAAAUUGCAUUUUAACCCUCCACUGACCCGUGCCUGUUUAAGACCCUGAAGUUUUUGAAUGCAUUAUAAUUGCAUUUAAGAUAUAUGCUUUUAGAAAAUAUGACCCCCAUGAUACACAUAUGGACUAUCUAUAUUGACUGAAAGCAUUUAUAAUGACCCAAAGUUUUGCACAUGUUCAAAUAACCUUGGCUUAGACAGAGGCUGCCUUCUAAACACUGAUCAUUUGUAACAUUUACGGUGUGUCUGUCACUGACCUGGGAUGAACCUCUAUUAACAAGUUUCAGCUGCUUCUGCAUUCCUUCAUGUCUCUGUGGUGCUGGCAGUUGACAGCUCGUCUGCCUCAUUUGCCUUUCUCUAUUAAUGAGCCGCGUUUUCAGCCACAG